UUCCCAACGACCAGCUCCGCCGCCGACCUGCAUAGCGUUGUUCAAUUAAACUCGAGCAUAUUACAAAAUCCUGUCAUUCAGAUCCUGCUCAAUUGAAUCUCACUUCAUCCGUUGUUCAUCUCACAGUCCCAGGCUCACCAUGUCAGACAAGGCGCAGCAAAGACUCCAGGCUUUGGGCAAGCAGCUCGAUGCACCCCCGCCCGUCAAGAUCGCCGGCCCUUCGGCGGCACCCCGAGUCCCUGGCAAGGUCGUCAUCAUCACAGGCGCAAACUCCCUGAUGGGCAUCGGUCGGGCGUCGGCCCACCAAUUCGCCGAGAACGGCGCCCGGGCAAUCUACAUCUGUGACUACGCCGACGACAACCUCGAGUCCCACAAGAAGGAGCUCAACAAGCUGUAUCCCAAGGUCGAGAUCCACACCCGCAGGUUCGACGCCGCCGACGAGAGUGCCGUCAAGGAGGUAGUUUCCCACGCCGUCACCACAUACGGCAGGCUGGACGUCUUUUUCGCCAACGCCGGCAUCACCGGGCCUCACAACCCCUUUACCGAUAUUACUGAGGAGGACUUUAUGCAGAACAUGAGGACCAACGUCUUGAGCGUCUUCCUCGCCGCCAAACACUCGGCCCCCGCUAUGGCCAAGACGUCGGCCGACAAGAAGACUGCCGGCGGCAGCAUCAUCCUCACCGCUUCCGUGGCCGGCAUCCGCUCCAACGCCGGCACGACCCCUUACUCGGCCGCCAAGGCCGCCGUCAUCUCGGUCGCGCAGACGUGCGCCUACCAGGCCGCCGGCACCAACGUGCGCGUCAACGCCAUCUGCCCGGGGCUCAUCGAAACGGGCAUGACGUCGCUCAUGUACGACACGGCCCGCGCCCGCGGCACCCAGAGCAAGAUUGGCCAGAUCAACCCGAUGAAGCGCGGCGGCCACGCCGACGAGAUCGCCCGCGUGGCGCUGUUCCUCGGCAGCGACGAGAGCAGCUACGUCAACGGCCAGGCAUGGGCGGUCGACGGCGGCUUGAGCGCGGGUCACCCGUAUGUGGUUGGCAAGCUUGCGUGAGAAAGCGUGGGGCGAUCGGUGUCCGACAGACGACGAAGAGGAGGGGGGGAAAAGGUAAUGAUCUGUUUAAGGCAUGUACUUGACUUAAAUGUGGGCAACAGGCAUUUGCGUAUCUGUAUAUGUAUGAAUACAUCAUUUCUCCAGAGGGCUGAUAUCAAUGAAUCGUGCCCGCCUGCACAGAGCAGAGCAUGUGACGAGCACGCAAGAGGGUCUGAGGGGCUGGACGAUGCGGGCGGCUGAGGCUAUGGCUCCGGUAUCUGGGGCCGGCUGCACACACAUCGGAAGGAGGUUAAAGCAAUCAGGGAGAGAGACCGGGGCUUUUGGUCCCCAACUGUACUGUGGGCUUCGGUGAGAAACGUCUGGGAGGCCAUUGGGCACGCCGGGAGGGGACGAGGGGAGAC